GCCCUUUGGCGUGGGGAGCAGUGUUGAUAGAAGUGCUUCUGUAGUGCGUUUGUCCAGGAUUCAGUAUCCAAGAUGGAGGCGAUUAGUACAGCAGGACAGCAUAUGAGUCUAGCAGCACUAAAACAACACGAUCCUUACAUUAACCGAAUUGUCGAUGUUACCGGGCAGGUAGCACUUUACACAUUCAAUCCCAAAGCAAACGAAUGGGAGAAGACAGAUAUCGAGGGUACCUUAUUUGUGUACACCAGGUAUGCCACGCCAUACCAUGGCUUUACAAUCAUGAAUCGGCUGAACAUGAAGAAUCUAGUUGAACCCAUUAACAAAGAUCUGGAGUUUCAGCUCCAGGACCCAUUUCUUCUCUACAGAAAUUCAAGUUUGUCCAUUUACAGCAUCUGGUUUUAUGACAAGAACGACUGUCAACGAAUAGCACAACUCAUGUCACGUGUGGUAAAACAAGAGGCAGAGAGAGCCCAACAGGGGUCUCCCGGCAGGCAAACACCCAGCAAGACCAAUGGAUGCACUGAAGACAGGCCUAUCGACAUCCUGGAGAUGCUCAGCAAAGCAAAGGAUGAGUAUGAACGGACUCAGAUUGGUGAAUUUGAUAUCUCUUCAAGCUCAGAAUUGCUUCAUGCCCGCAACGCUUAUAAAUCUUCAUCAGGGGAAGCUACUGAACAUGCAGCCACUUCACAGCAGCAAGAAAAGAAUACUCACCCAGGACCGAAACAGAUAACUGUGGAAGAGUUAUUUGGAAGCUCUUUGCCAAAGGAACAGUCGCCGAUGGGCUACCCUAACUUCGGUACACCAGAGAAGACACAGCAGGACGGUCUCCUCCGAAGGCUAAACCUCGCCCAGUCUUUCCCAUAUGAGCCUUCGUUGGUAUCCCAACAGGGCCUGGAGAGUUUAGGUGACAGCCUUGGUGCCGCUACCUCAACGCAACACGAGACUCUGACACACAUGCGCCAAGCGCCAGCUUUGGUUUCCCUACCGGAUAUAAAGAAACUCCCGAACUCCAGCAUUCGCUCCAGCCCUGUUUUUCAAUCCGUACACCCUGCAGAGGCUGCUGGCUCUCAGAUACUGUCUAACCUCAGUACCGACGGCAGUGACCUCAUGAAGGUGAUGCAGCAGUCCCACAUCAAGCCCACCUCCCCCCUCAUGGUGUGCCAACCGGCUUCAGAGCAGCUGAAUCCUGCCCCGCACUCACAGAGCGCCAUUCCGGGAGGGAUUCGGCCCCCGCUUGGAAGCAGUGCCCUCAGCAUGGGCUUUCUCAAUCAAGACCUCCUCCACAAACUGAAGCUGACACCGCAGCACGGCCAGCUCUCUCAGCAGGCACUGAGCAAGCCAACCCUCGCACCAAACUUCCUGCCCUCCCUCAGUCAGCUUGCAACACCAGAGUGCUUUAAAGAGUCCAUCUCUAAACCAGUAGCUCUCAAUUGCAUCCCGGCUACCCCUGUUCAGGUUGUGCCACCACAAGUUACUUCAGUCUCAUCUGCAGAGUCUCUGUUAGUCCUCCUCUCCCCAAGCGUGUUCCAGCAGUCAGCAGGCAAGCCCACAGAGCCAGACAGCAUGCCCAGCUCGGCAUCACCGCUAACACUGGCAGCAGAGGCUCCGCCAUCAUCCAGUGUCUUCAGUAGGACCCAGCUUCAGGAAACCUUAAUCCACCUAAUAAAGAAUGAUUCUAAAUUCCUCAGUUCCAUUCACGAGGCCUACCUUCAAGUUCUAGCCAAGGAUCUCUGCAACAUGAAAUUAUAGCCCUCGAACUUUGGAACUGCACACAGAAAUGUCUCUAUUGUGAAAGAGGUGGUCUGUAAUAUGCAGUAGUAUUUACUAGAGAGCGAAAAAUAGAAGAAAAAAAACUUAGAUGCUAUAGUAUGACUGAUUCUCUUAAACUUAAGUAGCUUUACUUUGGUCGAUCACCAGCAGGUUUACAUUGAAGAAAUAGGCACUUGUGGUGUUGCACAAAAUGAGUAUUUAUAUGCUAUGUAUUUUAUCUUGUUGCACGGUUUCAUUUUCAGUACUAUUUCAUUUUCAGCAGUGUUUUGAAACUGGGAACAAUACAUUUAAAAAAAGUUAUAUAAUGUUUGGUGUUUGUUUUUUUGUUUUUUUUAAUUUGGUUUAAAACGUAUCCCACCAUUUUCUGAAAGAUUAGCCCAGUAAUUAUUCAUAAAGGCUGAUGUCAGUGAGUAUUAAAUCAUGCAGUACAAAGCUACUGCAGUAAAGUACCAAAUUUAGAUUUGAGAAAAAAAAAUCUGUUCUAGGUGGGCCACUUUAAAAAUAGAUGGGGGGAAAAAAUAUGUAAUUCAGCAUGUCGCAGUUUUUGGUUGGUUUCUUUUUAAAAAUAUAUUGCUCCCUUUAAAAAAAAAAAUUAUCUUUUGCAAUAUUUCUGCUACAGCAGAUAUUGACUAUAUAAUGGUCUUUAUUUCCCUGCAUAAUUGUAUACUUUAGGGUUUACCCUUACAUAAGCAUAAUGGUUGGUUUGUAUUAAAAAUUUGGUCACAAGAGAUUUUCCAUUUUAGUUCUCUGUUAAGAUUCUUUAUCAGCAAUCAAAAGUAGCUGCAGCGUUCUACAUGUGUUUACCCCUGUGUAAUUAUAAAGCCAAAACACCAUUCAGAGUGAAGCAUCUUAUUUGUUCAAUGAAGCUCUUUGCUUUUUAUAUGAUGAAAAACAUGUUUUUGUUUUUGUUUUGUUUUGUUUUUUUUGUUGGUAAGGAUCUUAACUUCAGAGGGAAAAUCAAAAAGCAGCAUAAAAAAAUCAUUUGAAAUUAUCGAAUGACCAAAGCUGCUUUUUAUUUUGCUCUUACCAUUUCAUCAGAAUAAGCCAUAAUCAACAUAGCAAUCAAUCGCUCUUGAAAAGCAUUUCAGUGUGUAUUUCUCCACUUGAGUUGCAAAUUGAAAUUAUAUCUGGAUUGUUAGCAUUUUCUUUUGCCCUUCAGAUCAAAGCAGCCGAGCUAAAGAGUAAAAUAUAUAUAUAUUUAUGUUUGAAACCAAAAAGCACAGUAUAUGAAUUAAAACUUGCGUGCAAGACACCUAUUCUUUUGAGACUGACCUUCUAUAUUGGCCUUCAAAACAACUUGGAAAGACUUGCAACUGCAAUGCCGUGCCUUGUCUUUUUCAAGGAUGUGUGCAAUAUAAAGCUUUGUUUAGGGUUAUGUUUAUUUUUAAAGAUGCAGUGUCUUAAGUUGGAAGUAAGUUGCUUUUUAUACUGUGGUCAUACCUGUUUUUAAAUCCAAGCCCUUUUAAAACAUAAUUUUACCAUCCUUUAUAUUAAUGCCUCCUUUGCAUACAUGUGUAAAGACCGCCCACGAAAGCUGGUUAUUUCUAAGUUUCUUUGUCAGUUAUUUAAUUUGGUUUUUAGGAAGGAUGUUUUCAUGAGGUACUGCUUCUUAAACCAUGAAUAUUUGUAAUGUUAUAUUUUCCGUUUGCCUUUGUUACAGUGUGGGAAUAAAUACUGUGCCAUAAAUUGGCGGGUUUUUAUUUUUUAGAAGCCUGUGUGCUUCAAAGAAACAAUCUGUAAAAAUUGGGCAUUUUUCAUCAGUUAAUUUUGUACAUUACAAAUAUAUUUUUUAUAAUAAAAACAAAUAAUCCUGGUGCUUUUUAGCACCUCCUAAAA